CACCAGGGGGCAUGCACAUAGUAAUAAUAAUAAUAAUGCAUUUCAGGAAAGUCUGCUACGACGAGCCUCCAUCGUUUCCACCACACGGCCGUGGUGUGAUGGAGAUGUGCGUUUAGGUUCAUGUGUCCGGCGGGUCUGCCCCUGGCUUUUUUUCUGGGGAAGAUCAUAUUGGAUCAUAUUGUUUGCAGGACGUUGUUCCUCCUGCAGCCCCCCCAGUCUAUCCCGACGUAGUUGUGAAUUGAACAUGGCGACUGUACCAGUAUAUUGCAUCUGCAGAUUACCUUACGACGUGACCCAGUUUAUGAUCGAGUGCGAUGCUUGCAAGGACUGGUUCCACGGCAGCUGUGUGGAGGUGGAUGAAGAUGACGCUCCAGAUAUCGACAUAUAUCACUGUCCAAACUGUGAGAAGACUCAUGGCAAAUCCACCUUGAAAAAGAAAAAGAACUGGAGCAAACAUGACACGGGGCAAAGCACAGAUAUCAAAGCAGUUCAGAACGGCAGUCAGGUUUUCAUAAAGGAGCUUCGCAGUCGGACGUUCCCAAGUGCUGAUGAUGUAGUGGUGAAGCUCAGCGGCAGUCAGCUGGUCAUGGAUUACCUGGAGGAGAAUGGAUUCAAUGAGCCCAUCCUGGUCCAGAAGAAAGACGGCCUGGGCAUGUCCAUGCCCGCCCCCACCUUCUACAUCAGUGAUGUGGAGAACUAUGUUGGUCCUGAUGUGGCCGUGGACGUUGUUGAUGUCACCAAACAAACGGACAGCAAGAUGAAGCUCAAAGAGUUUGUCGACUAUUACUACAGCACAAACAGAAAGAAAGUGUUAAAUGUCAUCAACCUGGAGUUCUCUGACACAAGGAUGAACAGUAUAGUGGAGAGUCCACAUAUUGUGCGGCAGUUGUCUUGGGUAGAAAACUACUGGCCUGAUGACGCUCUGCUGGGGAAGCCAAAAGUCACCAAAUACUGUCUCAUCUGUGUCAAAGACAGCUACACAGACUUCCAUAUUGAGUGCGGUGGCGCCUCCGUCUGGUACCACGUCCUAAAGGGAGAAAAGAUCUUUUUCCUCAUCAAACCCACCUCUGCCAACCUAUCGCUGUACGAGCGCUGGAGGUCAUCAUCCAAUCACAGCGAGAUGUUCUUUGCAGACCAGGUGGACAAGUGUUACAAAUGCAUCCUGAAACAAGGACAGACCCUGUUCAUCCCAUCAGGUUGGAUCAAUGCAAUACUGACUCCCGUUGACUGUCUGGCGUUCUCCGGUCACUUUGUCCACAACCUGAGUGUUGAGAUGCAGAUGAGGGCAUAUGAAAUCGAGAAGCGGUUAAAGGUCAAAACUCUCACCCCCUUCCCCAACUUUGAGACGGCGUGCUGGUAUGUGGGGCGACAUCUGCUGGAGCGUUUCAAAGGUUUACAUAAAGCAAAUAAGCAACCUGCCCCAUAUCUGGUACACGGUGCCAAAAUCAUCAAUGGAGCCUUCAGAGCUUGGACUAAAAAACAGGCCCUUUUGGAACAUGAAGAUGAGCUUCCAGAGAACAUGAAACCAUCCCAGCUGAUCAAGGAUCUUGCCAAAGAGAUCAGACUGUCAGAGAAUGCAACAAAAGCCAUUAAAAGUGAGCCCAACAUUAAGGUACCAGUGGAGGAACCCCCAUCUACCCACUCUGAGCCUGAAGAGCCCGUCUCCCCGGCCCAUGUCCCCUCGCCAAGCAGAGAGAAAGCCAGAAAGAAAGCUUCCAAACCCCCGAAACCUCCAAAACCCCCUAAACCUCCGAAGAUGCCCAAAGCCCCCAAACCUCCAAAAGUACCCAAGGUGAAAGAAGAAGGAAAGAAGAAAGCCAAGAAAGCAAAAGAGUCAUCACCACCUCCAAAACCCUCUAGCUUGGCAGCUCUUCAGUCUCAUGCAAAAGACAUCCUGAGUAAAAUGGACCAGCCAAAAAAGACCAAGGCUGUUAAGAACGUCCUGAGUAUGACAGAGAAGGAAAUAUCAAAGCAGAAUAACGUGGAAAAGUUUGAAAUCAGAGAGCAGAAUAAAAACAAGACAGAAGCAAAAUGGAAAUAUAAGAACAGUAAACCAGAUUCUCUGCUGAAAAUGGAGGAAGAGUGCAAGUUUGACAGAAUUCCUCUGUCAGGCAAUAAGGACCGAUUCAGCUUUACUAUGUCUCACAAGAAAAUGCUUGGCUCCAAGGCGCUGAAACCACAGACCAACUCAAGUGUUUUUGGAUCAUUACAAAACCUAAAGGAGGACAAAACCAAGCCAGUGAGAGACGAGUACGAGUACGUCUCAGACGAGGGGGAGCUGAAGAUAGAUGAGUUCCCCAUCAGACGGAAAAAGAACACCGUCAAGAGAGAUCAGUCCUUUUUGUCAGACAUCAGAGAACCAAUUCAACCAGCCAAGAAACCAAAGUUCCAGCCCAUGAUGACCAAGAGUGUGGACUCAUCAGAUGAAGAGACUCUGCACAUAGACACCGAUGCCAAGCCUGAGGUCAAAAGUCGUAACUCUAAGGUGAAGAAAAAGGGCGGCAGUGCAGCGGGAAUUCUUGACCUGCUGCAGGCGAGCAAGCAAGUGGGUGGGAUCGACUACGGCACCAACAGUCAGCCACCUGCAUCUCCCAGUACACAGGAGGCCAUUCAGGGCAUGCUGUCCAUGGCCAACCUGUCGUCUUCAGACAGCUUGCAGCAGCCGUGGAGCAACAGCCAGUCCAAAAACAAUGGCCAAUCGAAGAGCAACUCGCACAGCACACAGGGUGGCAAAAAGUCCAGCGGAGGAGGAGGCGGAGGCAGCAACAACAGCAAGCGGCCCACAAAACGGCUCCCGAAGAAACCCAGGAAGAGCAGCAGUAUUGAAAGUCUGGACUACGAUGACGAGCAAGAUCACAUGGAUGCAUGCUUCAAAGACUCGGAUUAUGUUUACCCUUCACUGGAGUCUGAAGAGGAUAAUCCUGUGUUCAAAUCCAGAUCGAAAAAACGGAAAAGCAGUGACGACACUCCAUAUAGCCCCACAGCUCGAGUAGGACCCUCGGUUCCUCGACAGGAGCGACCUGCAAGAGACGGAGCCAGAGUGGCCUCCAUAGAGACGGGGCUGGCAGCAGCUGCGGCAAAGCUGUCUCAUCAGGAGGAGCAGCAGAAAACAAAGAAGAAGAAGAAAAGCACCAAAAAGAAGGCAAUAGUAAUGGAGGAGCCCCAGAGAAUCUCUCAGGACAGCAGCUCGCCGGAUCACAAUUUGGACUCCCAUGACAGCAGCCCGAUAGACCACGAGUUCAACACUGGGACGGUGAAGUCGCCGGGGGGCCCGCAGCCCAUGGCACCGGGGGUCUUUCUCAGCCACAGGCGACCGUCAAUGUCUUCUCCGAACAACAGCACCAACUCCUCGAGCACCAACAGCAGCAGCAUGGCCAAGGGAGACCGAGGGGGGUCAGCAGAGGCCAAAGCUAAGCGGCUAAAGAAAGGCAUGGCAACAGCCAAACAGAGACUUGGAAAGAUUUUAAAGAUCCAUCGAAAUGGAAAGCUCCUCCUGUAGCACGCAGCAAACUGCUGUAGGACUGGGAAUUCAUGAGCUGGGUCCAUCCCAAACUCACCCCGUGUUCACUGAAUAAAGCCAACAAUGAGGAGAAAAAAAGAAAAUCAUGCAUUUUUCAAUUUCUAAGAAGAACAUCACUCGAAUAGGUUUUUGCCUCUACUUAUACUUUAUAACUUUCAGAUAUUGAAGUGUACAGAACCUACUAUAAAUAUUUUUUAAGAGAACAUGUCUCAUUUUACUACAGCUGUCAGUUUAUCAGGGGUUGCUAAAACAUGAAGUAGAAGUACAUUGCAGUCAUUCCAAGAUUUUUGAAAGUAUCCCUUGCAUGUAUUCAGUUGCAUGUGCGCUUGGGUCAGGGUUCAGGGGUUUUACACAUUGUUCCUACUAAAUGGAUGCAGCUUAUCAUGGCCACACUGAUGAUCGACGGGUCGAUAUGGAAAAAUGGCCUCACCUCUUUGGUUUGAAUUAGCGUCGAGUCGAGCAUUUUUCACUUUUUUGUUUAGGUUGCAGAGCACUAUCAGCAUUUAUUUAUUCGUGUCGAGUCGUAGAUAGGAAAUGGGACUUCACGCAACAAUUGUAAAGCACAAAUUGUAUCAAACAGCAGUAUUUUAAAAUAGGACGCCUGCUGAACAGGAUUCUGGGACAUCAUAGGAAGCCAGUGAUAAGCCUCAUCCAUGUCAGGUCUGCAGUUACAUGGGGAUACUUUCUCUCUUCUUUUGCUUUCACAGGCAGCACCAACACCUUAGACUCCUCUCUGCAUUUUUACGGCUUCACACAGUACAGUAUAUAGAAUGUAGCUUGUACAUAGCCUUUUAAAUUACUACUUUUUGUAUCCUUUCCCCUUAAGGCUUAAUUCUACAUUUUUACUGGUUUUGCUAAUUAUGAAUAAAUGAAUAAAAAUAUAUAUAUAUGGUUAUACAGUAUAGUCCUAAUUUUUUGAACUUUUAUUUUCUGUUUUUUUAAUUGCAGAGAUUCAUUUUUGUAUUAUUUUCUCCCUGUUAGAUUGCAGAGGUGUUGCCUGGAAAACAACUGAAGAUGUAAAACAUUUUAUUGUCAUAUGGCCUUACAUACACAAAGCUAAUUGUAUUGUGAUUCUGUUUGAACAAGAGAUGAAGCUUUGGGGUAAAUUAUAUAAAAGGAAAAAAAACACUUAAAGUUUCUAUGACCAGCCUCUUGUUCGAGUUCUAGUAUCCUGAAGGGUUUCGGAAUUAUUUUACUAGCACCUUGUGAAGUGUUUAUGUGUCAGUGAUGUAAUUUAUUAAUGUUUGUAGCUUUUUUAUACUUGUACAAUUCUUAAGAGUUUUUUGUUUUUGAAUAUUUCAUCAACUUGUGAAAUUACCCUUAGCAGACAAUUUCUGUUUUUAUUUUUGGGAGGUUUUUUCCUCUUGGUUUUUGGAUGUGUGUGUUCGGGGGGCGUCAUGAACAUGUUACGCACUAGAUUCUACGUUAGCAAACUUUUUUUUUUAAUCCAUUCUGUCUCCAUUCAGUGUCGAUGGUAUCAUGAUAAACUUUUCCAAUGUGACAUGUUAUUAUUAUUAUUAUUAUUAUUGUUAAUAUUAUAAUUAUAAGCAACUGCGUCCACGCCUCCAUCACACUGUUUCAUUUGGUCAGGACAUUUUGAACACAGUUAAAUGUGCUAUUCUCUAUAGCAGCAGCGUUUUAGUCACUAUGUAAACCAUGUGUCCACUUCUCAGAUACAGUAUGACAUGCUCGCGCUCCGAUCAAACUCUGCCAUUGGGACAUACUGUAUUUUCAGGUUUUUAUUUGUACAAUAUGUGUGUUGCUUUGUUGUGGUUUAUUUUUGUAUGUCUGACUUAUUAAAUGCAUCCACUGUGCCAGGACAGUGAAUGAUAACUGUU